AUGUCCAAGAAAAUACAUAUUCUUAUUGGAGCUACUGGAAUAGUAACAACAAAUAAUGCUCUACAUUUUUUUGAUAAAAAUAUUGUAACUAAAGAAUUAGGUGUUGAAGUUAUAACAGAUGAAGAUGAAUGGAAGUAUCGAAAUUGGGCAGAUAUUUUUAUAAUUGCUCCAUUGGAUGCCAACACUUUGGGGAAAAUUGCUAAUGGAUUAUGUGAUAAUCUAAUCACGUGUAUUUUAAGAGCAUGGGAUUUGAAACGUCCAGUAAUUGUUUGUCCAGCAAUGAACACUUAUAUGUGGGAACAUCCUUUUACGUCAAAACAUUUACGCGUGUUAUCAGAUCAAUUAGGAUUUCAAAUUAUUUCUCCCGUGAGUAAGAAAUUGGCUUGUGGAGAUACAGGUAUUGGUGCAAUGGCGGAAGUAAUAACGAUUAUUGAUUUCAUCGUUCAAAAAUUAUCUUUAAAUUUGAUGGUGGAAAAAAAUUCAACUACUAGCCAAAAUUGA